CUACCAGACCUGCUGGGCCGAGCUCCGAGCAGAGGAUGAGACGGAGCUGGAAGAUGGCUCUGUCCGGGGGGCUGCGGUGCUGCCGCCGCAUGCUGGCUUGGGUGCCCGUGCUCGUCAUCGUGCUCGUUGUGCUUUGGUCCUACUACGCCUAUGUCUUCGAGCUGUGCGUGGUGACCGUGGCCAACACUAUAGAAAAAGUCAUCUACCUGACAGUGUACCACGCCCUCUUUGCGUUCUUCAUCUGGACCUACUGGAAAUCCAUCUUCACUCUCCCACAUCAGCCACACCAGAAGUUCUUCAUGUCCUAUGGAGACAAGGAACGGUAUGAAAAUGAAGAAAGGCCUGAGGUUCAGAAGCAAAUGCUCCUUGACAUAGCCAAGAAGUUGCCAGUGUACACAAGGACUGGGAAUGGAGCUGUACGAUUCUGUGACCGGUGCCAUCUGAUCAAGCCUGAUCGCUGCCACCACUGCUCUGUCUGUUCCAUGUGUGUCUUGAAGAUGGACCAUCACUGUCCUUGGGUGAAUAACUGCAUUGGAUUUUCCAACUACAAAUUCUUUCUUCAGUUCUUGGCCUACUCGGUUCUCUACUGUCUCUACAUUGCCGCCACUGUCUUCCAGUAUUUCAUCAAAUAUUGGGUGGGUGACCUGCCCAAUACCCGCUCCAAGUUCCAUGUCCUCUUCCUCCUUUUUGUGGCUUGCAUGUUUUUCGUCAGCCUGAUGAUUCUCUUUGGCUACCAUUGCUGGCUUCUGAGCAGAAACAAGACGACCUUGGAGGCCUUCUCUGCUCCAGUGUUUCUGAAUGGCCCGGACAAAAAUGGGUUCAACCUUGGCUUCAUCAAAAACUUCCAGCAAGUGUUUGGUGAGAACAAGAAGCUGUGGUUACUCCCCAUUGGGUCCAGCCCAGGUGAUGGACACUCCUUCCCAAUGAGGUCCAUGAACGAGUCCCAGAAUCCACUGCUGGCCAAUGAAGAACACUGGGAGGACAACGAGGAAGAUGGUCGAGGUUCCGAAGUUCUUUCAAGGUUUGGGGAGAGGAUCUAUUCGGCAUACUCACCACAAGCAAUGAAUUCUUUAAUGGAGAUAUUAAAGAGAGGAUAUGCAAAUACCGGAUCCCAUGAACCAGAAAUACUCUCCUGGUCUUCCGAUUCAUGGGCCUUCUGAGAAUAGGGAGAGCUGCCACCUCAGAGGGGCACCUGGCAGGCAAGUGAUCUGCCGCCAAGCUGAGAGGCUGGCCUUCAAAUGAAGGGCUUUGUGCUUUCCGAAUCUCUACAGGUAAUUUUCCAGGCAAUCACCUCCAAGUCACAGGAAACCUUCGAAUCUUACUGGAAGAGAAAAUCCUUUUCUUAGGCAAAGCCCCAUGAGGGCAAGAGGAUACAAUCUGGGGGUCCUCCCUACACUAAAUUGCUUCUUUCACCCCAGAACCAUCUAUUGCACCUUUGUUUGAGAUGUUCUCAGAACUGCAGAAGAUUUCUUGAAGGUGGCUUGCAGGCUUUUCAAAUAAAUUCUAAAAACAGCCCCUCAUCCAGGCGGGUGAGAAUUCCUGGCUCGGGGAAGUUGGCUGCUGCCUCCUCGAGAGGAGCUCUUUGUAUCAUUAAAUUUUUUUCUCUCAUCAAAAGUUGAUUUUUCUCUCCCUCCCAUGACCUCCACUAAAAAGGGGGAAAGGCCAAACCCUUGUAACAGAUCCUCCUAGUCAAGAAAACGACUCCCACAUUGGCUGUGUUCCCCAAAGCCCUCUGUCAUUCCACAGGCCGGGUCUGUCACCACUCUGUCCCAGUGUGGAUAGCAUGCAUCACCGCCCGGCAUGAGCGGCUCUAGUUGGAGGAAGCAGUGAUAGUUUAGGGGAGAAGGCCAGACCAAUGGCCCGAGACUAGAACAAGUUAGAGAGCUGAAAGAAUUAAUCCAGUUAAUUCAUGAACAUGUAUCAGAGUGCCUAUAGCAUUACACGGGGGCCCUGGAGACAGGGGCGGUGCCUGACCUGUGAUUCUGUUCUCAAGAGGGAACUUUCCCAUGUAAGGAAACUCCCUUUAUCAAAGCAGAUCAGCAUCUUCUCUACAACUUCUAGUUCCUAAUCUGUGAUCCAUGGACCCCACCCCCACCCCGGGGGCCAUCCAUCUAUGCAGAGAGUCUAUGUACUUACAUGGGAAACGAUUGCAACUCGAUUUUCACUAACUUCUAACUGAAAUUUAGAAUUUCCUUGAAUCACUUCCAAACAUUGUUCUGAGAAGAGGUCCACAGACUUGAGCUGGUGGCCAAAGUAGUCUGUGACUCCACAAAGGGCUUAGAGGCCCUGCCCUAGACUUGCCCAGGGUGACCCAUCCAGCAUGCAUAGGGGUAGGGCUUGGGCCUGCACUCUGUCCACAACAUCAGAAACAAAGACAAAGAUGGCAAAGUCCUUCCCCUUCCAGGGCUGUAAGAUAAGCCGGUAUUCUAAUACAUGUAAACAGAGAAGUUAGUCCAAGAGCAUUGGAUCUAGAAGGAUCAGGGAAGGCUUCCCUUAGAAGGUGGCAUCUGAAAUAAGAAAUCUUAACAUGCUCUUUAAAUGUCAACUGCCAUUAGCCUCAGAGGGUAGAACUAGGAACAAGAAAUGGAAGUCUUAGUCAUUUCCUAGCUGUGUGACCCUGGGCAAGUCAUUUACCCCACACUGCCCAGCCCUUUCUGCUCUUCUGCCUUGGAACCCAUACACAGAGAUAGAAAAAAAGACUUAGCCCAAAGAAAAGCUGCCCAACAAGGAGAGCUCACCAGACAUGGUCUCAGUUGCUCUCAUGUUUUUCCUUUCAAGCAAAGGGAGCUGACCCCCAAUGAGGGGGAUCCCUACAGGAGCCUAGGGGCUGGCCCAGAUAAACUAAACUCUCAGGCCCUUUUCACUCUUACAACUCUAUGAUUUCCCUUUCUUGCCCUAGAUCCUAGAAUCUUGCUUCUCCUCAUAACAAUGGGAAAGGUGCCACUGCCUCAAGUCUUUAAGAAGACCCGAUUACUCUCCAUCAGUUUUCAUACUGAAAUAACCUGCUUGGGGAAAUGUCCACAUCCUAUAUGGAGGAGAGGUUAUGGAAACAGAGAAUGCCCAUGGGGCUUUCGGGGCCUUUCAGUUUGCUCUGGUCUACUUUUCAGAGAAUAGACCUUGGGUAGGAAAUGAUGAGGAAAUUGGUCUUUUCUCUUUUGAGAACGCAGGUCGGUGGAGCUCGUUUUCUUUUUAAAAUCAUAUUCUCUUUCCCGGCACUAAAAGAAAUGAUCCCAACUUCUGGACCCUCACUUCUUCUGGAGAUGAAAAGUCCCCUUCUGGCUUGGAAGGGGCAGUUGAGAGAAUGACAGCAAUAUGGCGACACUCAACAAAAGAGAAAGCUGGCUAUGAAACUUACGAGACAUUGCCCUCUAGUGGCUAGUGUAAACCCAAUGGCGUUGCCCUCUGUUCAGCAGCCAAAUCCCUCUCACUCCCUUCCUUCUUGCUCCAUCAAUCUAGAACACAGAUAGUCUGACUCUACCAUUUCUCAAUUACCCUCGUUAGGCAGAAGGAAUCCUGGCGUCUGCUCCCUAAAUGGCGGCUCAGUUCCUUCACGGAUAUCAUUGAAUGGAAAGAGAGCUGGAUUUAUAGUAAAAAAAAACCCAGUUUCAAAUCCUGUGGCUUGUAUGACCUCAAAGAAGCCACCUAACUUCUCCAGGCCUCAGUCUCCUUUUAUGUAAAAUGAGGGGCUUGGACUCGGUGACGUGGUCGAGAUCUAUUACCCAAUGGUUGCUAAAUCAUUGUCAGUGAUAUUUGAAAGGUCAUGGAAAACAAGAGAAGUACCCUAGGCCCGAGGAAGGAAAAUGUCCCAAUUUUUUAAAAAGAGAGAGAGAGAGAGAGAACAGAGGCUUCAAACUAGAGGCUAAUGAGCUUGACCUUGUUUCCUGGGAAAAUUUGGUGGUUUUUCAUUAAUGAGAUGAUUACUGAACAUCUAGAAAGGGAAGAGAUGAUUCUAAAGAGCCCAAGUGGCUUAAUCAAGAAUAGGUCAUGCUAGAAUGGGCUGAUUUCCCUUUCUGACAGGGUUAUAGAAAUGAGUGGAUCAGACGCAUGCUGGAGAUAAGAGAUGCUAGAUAGAGUUUACCCAGAUUUCAGUGAAGCGUUUGAUCAAGUAUUUCAUACGGUUCUUACAGAAAAGAUGGUGAGAUGUGGACUAGGCGGGAAUUUAGGCAGAAGGCCUCAGAAUGAAUUGAAUGGCCAGACUCCACAGUCAUAAGGGAUCAGAGGAUCUCUGCUUGGCUCUGUGCUGUUUACCAGUUACCAGUGAUUUGGAUAAAGCCAUGGACCUAUGGGCUGCUCAUUCAAUUUGCAGAUGACACAAAAUAGGGAGAGAUAGCUCACACGCUGGAUGACAGAGUCAGCAUCCAGAAAAAUCUGUGCAGGCUAGAGCCUUGGUCCAAAUCCGAUUAUGUAGAAUUCAUCGGAGCAAAAUGUAAACUUACACCAGGGUUCAAAAACUCAAAAUCUCAAAUACAGGCUAAAUAGUCACGGUUAGACAACAGUUUGGGUGAAAAGGAGCUGGGCCUUUUAACAGACUGCAAGCUCAACAAGAGUCAUCACCGCAGUGCCAUGGCAAUCAAAAGAAGCUAUACUGUGGGGCAGCUGGGUGGCUCUGUGGAGUGAGAGCCAGGCAUGGAGACUGGAAGUCCUGGGAUCUAAUGGGGCCUCAGACACUUCCUGGCUCCCUGAGCAAGUCACUUAACCCCUAAUGCCUACGCCUUACUGCUCUUCUGCCUUGGAACCAAUACUUAGUGGCAUCAAUUCUAAGACAGAAGGUAGGCGUUUACAAAAAAGCAGCUAAUGUAUCUUGGGGCUGGACUGAAGGGAGGGAGCUUCCCAAAAGAAGGAGGCUAAUCCAGCUGAGUCUGCUCUAGUUAGAGGUCUUGGGGUAUUGGGUCCCGUGUCCAGAGAACAGUCAGGAUGCUGAAAGGCUGCAUUCUGGGUCAAAUAAAGAUGAGUUGAAGAAACUGAGGAUAUUGAAGCUGGAGAAGGCUCAGGGGAGCCCCAAGAACUGUCCUCAAAUAUUUGAAAGGCCAUCUUGGGGAGAAGGGAUUUGGUUUGGCUGUUUGUCCCCAGAGAGCAGAAGCAGGAGCAAGGAAUGGGCGGACCAUUUGAAUCUCAAUGACAGGAAAAAACUUGCUAAGGAGUCAACCUGUCCCAGAGGAGCAUGAGUGUCUUGUACCUUCUCUAUAACUUAUGGUCUUAACAAAUUGCUUAAGCACUGAGAGGUUAAGUGAAUUAGCCAGGGUCAUUCAGCCAGUAUGUGUCAAAGAUGGGACCUGAACCCAGGUCUUCUUCACUUCAAGGUCAGUUCUCUAUCUCCUAUGUCAUCCCACUAAAUAAUAAUAAUAGCUAGCAUUCAAAAAGCUCUUUAAGGUUUUUUCACUUACUCCUCACAACAACUCUAUGAGAUGGAGACUAUCAUUAUCCCCAUUUAUUUUAUCCAUGAGGAAACUGAAGCUGAGAGACAUUAAAUGACUUGCCUAAAGUCACACCUAAUGUGUGUGUUUGAGGCAGGAUUUGAACUCAAGACCAGCAACUUUGGAGAAAGGAGUUUGAGUUGACCAAUGAGGUCAGAGGCCAAAUUGCCACUGGUUAAGGAGUGAGAAGAGAGAAGACAAAGACACCAAGCAGAGACACCUAUUGAAGGAUGGGGGAGGCAUAGAACUUUUUCAAGGCAACAGGGAAAGAACCACGAGACAGGGAGAAGCUGGAGAGAAAACAGUGAAUUCAGUCGUGAAUGUGGGUGGCAUUUGAGGGGGGUGGUGGCAUGUCUAUGUUGUCCACAUCUAAGUAGUUGAAAAUAAGGAACUCUAUGGAAAGCGGAAAGGCAGGCCCGCACUGGAGAUGGUGACCGUGUUGCAGUAGGUAAAAGCAGGGAAGUCGAUGAGGGAAUGAAAGAGAAGAUCAAAGAUGGCAGAAGACCUUUCAGGAGCCAAAGGAUGAGUUGCCACAAUGGUAGACCCCAAAGCACCAUAGAAAUGGGAUCUUGCUAGAUGUGACCUUAGAAAGUAGACCAGAGAAUGUGACUCCUGGAGGGACUUUGGAAUGCAAAUUUCAGAUCCAGAGGACCCUUAGGGGUCUUCUAGUGCAUUACAUGUUGUAUAGACAAGGGGACGAGAAGGGAAGUGAUUGAUUCUCUCCGGUGGACACAGCCAGUUCUUUGUGGGCAUCGUGGUCUCUAAAGAGUGUAUAUGUAAAUAAGAAAUAGGAAUGACACUUUAUUGUCCCAAAUGCCUGGUAAGGGCCCUAGCAACAUCAUGGCUGCCUGAUCCGGGACUAGCCAUGACAGACAGCAUAGCCCUGUUUCUGGUCUGCCACCAUUCUUCAGGGUUGCAUUUCUGUCUCUUUCUGUCAGAUUUCUCCCCUGGAAGAAGUGUAGUCUGGGAUGGAUAGAGGGACAGAGACAGAGAGAAUGUCAGUACUCACACUCUGCCUCCUAAUGGCCAAAAAACCAAAGAGAUCUCCAUUUAAGCUUCUUUUUUUCUUUCCUUGAAAUUCUUUGAACACAUGGAUCAAUUUAGCAUCACAACCCUCGAAUUGCUUGACAGCAGGGAAAAUGUAGCCACCUUCCUCUUCGACCCCUGGAAUAAGCUGUCCCUGGAACCAGAAGCCAGAAUUUAGAGGUGGAGGGAGCCUGAGAAAUCAUCUGGCUUACAGAGAAGAAAACUGAGUCCCUGACAGAGGCAGGGACUGGCCCAAGGUCACAAUCUAGCAAAUGGAAGUCUAUAAUUGACUGUAGAGCCUGUGACCCCAAAUCCUAUGCUCUUUCUGCUCUGCAAAGCUAUCUUUUAGUAGUGACCAAAUACUGAUCCACUGAGGAAAGCCUGGCCUCUAGGUGAGACUCCCAUAAUAGCCUGAGCCCCAGGAAAUUCUGCCACCUAGGCUGGCAACAUUAGAGCUUACUGAUCUGCCUAAGUUGGUCAUCCCGUGCCUCUGUUACCUUUGCUUCUGAGGAUCUCAAGGCCCUUUUCCUAGACAAUGCUGGCUUCCCCUUCUAGUACAUCUCUGGCCAGGAACGGCAUUGCUCUUAUUUGGGCAGGACAUUUCCUCUGCCCCCUCAGUUUUCUCCUCUAUAAAAUGGUUGUACUAGACAACCUUGAAGGUCCCUUUCGGCUGCCGACUCGGGAGCAUCAGGAGCAUCAGGAGGCAACCCCAUGCUAGGUGCGAACUUUUGGAAACUGUCUCAAAGCUAAGCAUCCCCAUUUAGUGUAUAAUCUGCUUGCACCACCAAGCAUUAGGAGAGGGAAAUCAAAACAUAUAUACCCUUAGUGAUGAAGCUUGAGCUUCCUAAGCUGCAGUUGUCUCAUUCCACUGCAGAAAUGCACUAAUGCCUAAAGUGCUGUAAUAACUGAAUGCCGUGACUGUGUCAUGCAGAGAAUAAUAAGGGCCAGAUAUUUUCUCAGUGGCCAGGCUCCAGAUAAAUCCCAUUAGCGACAUGACAUGCCACCUGAUGCCGAAGAGCCGCCAGGAGCAGGUAGAAAAGAUCAGAUAAUGGCAGUAAAUCAGACCGUGGCCUGGGAGAACCUGCCUCUGCCACAUAAGGCCCUGCUGAACUGGGCCAGCCUUUAGAAAUGGGUUCAGAAGGGCAGCCCCAAAAAGGUUCAUUCCUCAAGCUCUCCAGGUCAGUACCACAAAAGAGGUGGGGAGGCUUUAAAUCCCCAAGGAAGCAAUUCAGAGGUCAUCUAGGCAAGCCUCCUGCAUUUUUAUGGAAGAGGAAACUGAGGCCCAAUGUAGCUAGGUGACUUGCUCAAAGUCACAGCUGGAAUGAGAACUCAGGAGCCAGGUAUCACCCUGCUUGAUUUGGAACCUGGGCAGUGCUUCCCUCCCCUGACUGUGUGUCCUUGGGCCCCUUCUCCGGGCCCCCAUCUUUUCCUCUGAGCUCUCAGUAUAUGAUCCUCCAGCCCCCUUAGUCCAAUGUGUGUUCAACUGGCAGGUCCACAGGCCCAUGUGGGGAGAGGUUCUGGUGGAGAAUGAGUCUGGGAGCCUUCCUGUCUCUGCCUUGCCUAUGGCCUCCCAGGCCCUAUGGAAAGGGCUCUUAAACCUGCUGCCUCCCAGGGUGGGAUGAGGGAAGAGAAAUGAGUCACGGAUGAACAGGGCCUUUGGGUUAUAUUGCCUUCCUGUUUCCCUAAGUCACAGUGUGGCCUCUGAUCAUUCGUCAGUGGGUGUCUAUGGGAAUAUGUGCAUGGGGGUGAGUGGGCCAGGGCAAGAGGGGACCUAAAGAAGGGUGAUCACUGGGCUUCCUCCCUUGCCCCUGAUGCAUAGGCAGGUCUGCUUCUACAAUGGCCUUUUCUCAGGUUGGGAAAGUCCACCCUCAGGCCUUUGGUCUCCAACCUGCACUGGGUAAGCUGCAAAUGAAUCCACGUACCUCCGGUGCCUCUGGCCCAAGGCAGUCUGGAGUGCUUCUAGUGAGGAAGAAAGCCCUGUGCAUGCAGAGGUCGCCUGGCUUUCCCCACAAACCACCUGACAGCAGAACACAGGGCCAUCCUGCUGCAGCCUGGUUUGUCCUUUGGGCAGAGACAACGUGAAAAAGCAAAAGGGUUCAUUAAGUAGGUUUCUUGUAUCCUCUCCAGAGUCCCAGCUAAUCAGCUUGUCUCAGAGACAACCUCAGCCCCAAACCCCAACCAGAAGUUCCCCCCUGACCUCUCAUCAGGGAGUGAAGGCCGUACUCUGUGAGGGAGAACUAGACUCACAGGGCCACUGAGGGGAAAGCUAGGCUUGCGUGGUCACUCUAUAUACUCAGUCGGGCCUUCAGCAAACCUGUUAUGUGCCAGGCAUGGUGCCAAGACAAAAGACAGCUCCUGCCCUUAAGGAGUUCCCAAUGGACAGGAAGGGAGGGAGCUAGCACUUAUUGCAUGCCUGCUAUGGGCCAGGCACUGCACCACGAGAUGUUCACGAGAACUCCGCCAUCUAGGUGCUGCUGUUGUAUCCAGGAGAGCUGGGCCCACCUGCCCCCUCUCUGGGGGAGGCCCAGGCCCAUGUCUGUGCUCACAUGUGCAUUCACCUACACGCUCUAGAGAAAGGAGCCAGCCUCCCACACCAUUCCCCAAAAGGAGAGCCCUGGCCACCUCACCACUUCUCAGGAGGAACCCUGCUGAGCAAUUCCAUUUGCAUGUGAUUUGUUUCUUCCUUUCAUAACCAUCUCAUUGGAACAGCUUGGCUGCCUGGACCAGCCCUCUCCAUGACCUGUGCAUCUCACCUGUUUCCUUUUUCCAC